AUGUUGACAACACUGUCAGGUAGAGGCUCUCGGGUCCAAUCUUCUUAUGUUUGUUCUGCUUGCUUAGACACGCUUCGCGAUCCCUCCAACCAGCUUCAUCUCGCCCCCGGUCGACGAGUUCCUGUCAGGUCCUUCCAGUCUAGCAGAAAGUCGCCUGAGAGGUUGUUGACUAUUAAAAGGCCCGGAGAUCCCAAGAAAGCGCGUUCCCUUCGACAAGCUCGAGACAAGGCCGAGGAGAGCCAGGCAGAAAGUUGGGAUAAACAGUUGCGCAAGCUGAAAGAAGCAUUUGUCGCCGAACAAGAUGGAGGCGACUUAACCCUUACAAAAGAACAGAGGGGUGAUGUUGUUGGGAGUUCAGAUACACCGCCGAAGCCUAGCAAGCAGAAGAAGAAGAGCGAUAAUGUUGCUGGGAGUUCAGAUACGUCGACGAAGCCUAGCAAGCAGGAGGAAAAGAGCGGUGGUGUUGGAAGUGCUAAUACAUCGCCGAAGCCUAGCAAGCAGAAGAAAAAGCCCGAAAGCCCUACCAAGACGAACGACAAGACCGGUGCGACAGCGAGCGCCGGGUUAGAAGCAUCUAACAUUGAAGAUGCGUUCGAACGGAUUGGUAACAAAUUGACGCUGAAGAAGUCUCCCAGAGAUGAAGACAUACACGCCGCCAAGAAACAGGCCGACCCGAAGAAUAAGGGAUCAAUAGGGCUCCAGGUCGAUGCCACUGCUAAAAGUGGCAUUGUACUGCCCCCACGACCUAGUCAAAGCGCACUGAGAAAACGACGAUUAGCUCUACACAAGAAAGACGGCAGGCAUCGCGUCGGGAAAGGAUCCAAAUCUAAAGCGGCAAAGUUUAGUGUGGUGAGAGCUGUGAAGGCCACAACUCAUAAUGCAAUUGAAGGCUUGUCAAGCAACGGAAGGGUAGUUGGGACCAUCGACACCUCAGCUUUGAAACUUAACGCUGUUGACCGCGAGCUUCCCCCCGUUCCGCGUCUAUCUUAUGGUCUUGAUAGAGUGUUGUUCAAUCCCGGUGUCUAUCAUCUUCAAGAUCCUAGAUCUCAGGUGUACAAUUUCGACCCCUACCUCCAAAAAAUCAUGCCUGUAGCCGAAUUCGACUUUACACUUCUGAAAAGGUUCGUAACGUCGUCAAGGGAUCAGAAUCUGCUCCAGGCCACCAAGGACGAGGGAAAGAAGUAUACUGGAUCAACAUCAAGCAUGACGUCAGCUCUGUCACAUUUCCAUUAUUUGCUUUCCCAGUGGCGGCCUAUCAAUGUUGGAAACUUGACCAAAAACUUUCCCACUGACUCGGACAAUUUUACCACAUUUUCACGUAUACCUGCCGCCAUGUUCCUUAGGUGGAAAGAUGGCGUAUAUGCCAUAGACGCCGACAAAGAGUUUGACACCUCGAAUGUAUUGAGCAUGCUGGGUCAAUCCAUGGAAAAAUUGCUCACCUUGUCGACAGACGAUUAUGAAAAGUAUCGUAAAAGUAACUCUGAGUCCGUCUCCGAAACCAGUCGGACCGAAUCAGAAGCAUACCAUUAUUCCACGAUGGGCGAUUUCCUGAUGAGAUCUCAGCUCGAUGCCUACGAUCCCAGGGUUCCAGGAUCUGGCAUGUUUGACUUGAAGACCCGGGCAGUCAUUUCGAUUCGAAUGGACGUCGCGGCGUAUGAAGAAGGCAAAGACUACGAAAUUCGUAAUCGUCAUGGCGAAUGGCAGUCUUUUGAGAGAGAAUAUUAUGAUAUGAUUAGGGCUGCUUUUAUGAAAUAUUCACUACAGGUCAGAAUCGGACGCAUGGAUGGCAUCUUUGUUGCAUUUCAUAACACGCAGCGCAUUUUCGGCUUCCAGUAUAUCAGUCUACCUGAAAUGGACCUUGCUUUACAUGGCACGGAUGACCUAACACUGGGAGAUUCUGAGUUUAAAACCAGUCUCCAACUUCUCAAUACUGUGCUAGAUCGUGCAACGGCUAGGUGGCCUGAGCAGUCUUUGCGGCUUUUUGUAGAAACCAGAGGAAAGAAGGGCGAUCCAACUUACAUGUACAUUUUCGCUAAGCCAGUGGAAGAGUCGAGGAUUGAAGCAAUUCAAAGUUCUAAUAAGGCAAAGAUCGAAGAAUUCGAACGCCGAGUUUUGGGCUUAAGCAGCGAGGAUCCGGAAUCGGUUGAGCAAGUCGUGUCAGAAUGGGAGGCUUUGCGGUCAGAUAUCCAGAAUAAUCUGGUCCAGGACGAAGAUGACACGGGAAGUUCUGUUGGCACGAAAGCCCCCGAAGAAACUGUUCAUGUCAAUGAGGAGGCCCCGCCUUCCCCAUGGAACGAUCGUAACACAGAGAUCGCAUCCUCAACUGAAAGCGUAGAGGAUAUUACCAAUGAGGUCCGUGAAGCGGAGAGACAAUCGGUUGACAAGCCGACCGGAAGGUCUUUAUCAGAGACGUUAUGGAAUUUAAUACCUAGUUUCAGGAAAGCUAGUGCCGAAUCGUCUAUAUCAGAAGCUCCUAGUGCUAGCACAUCUUCGGUAGAUGACACCAAUGCUCAAUCAGGGCCGUCCACUUCUGACACAACCACCGCCAGUAAUUCCAACCAAGAAUUCAUCGACGAAGACGCCGCACAACCGGAGGAUUCCGUGGAUGGAAAAAUCAAAGACUUGACAUCUGAGGAAGAGAACUCCAACGACGCUGAGUUUGCGGCAAAUGCGUCCAGCGUAACAGCGUCUUCUGAUAAGAGCCCACCCGCUGAGUCCCAGUCCAAUGUCUUAGCGAUGUAUCUUACCAUUCGCAAUAAAGUCAACGGAGGGGUUGUCACUAGGCCAAACAACCUUCAGAGUUCAGACACAUGGACUGUCGAAUACGCCCUAGCAGAGGUUGCAGACCCCAAAAAGGCCAAGUUGCUUUACGAUGCUUGCAAGGUACGACGCAAGAUGGUGUAUUAUAGAUCUAAAGAUGGAGAGACACUUUGGAAUCAGAAAUUUAUGGCGGACAUCAGGAGGUAUACCGCGGAGGGGAAAGCUCACAGACAGAGAGCAGACAAAUCGCAAACGUCCGAACCACCUAAGGUUUUGAAAAUCGACCCAGAAGAUUUGAAAAAUUGGCAAAGGUGGACCGAGAAGAGAUCGCCAGAGGAGAAAAGGGAACAGUAA